AUGAUCAUCCGUGCUCGCGCGGCAGGUGUUUCCGCGUACGAUGGUGAGCCGCCGGCCGCGCCGACGGGAAGUGAAGCCGCGUUUUCGUCGACGGAAUGCGAGCCGUCCGGUUCGCCAGGCGACGAUGUUCCCGACAAUGGCGAAGAACUUCACUCGCAACUCAUCAGUACUGACUGGUGUGACUGCGGAGACUGCGUGGUUCUGAGCAACUUCGCCGAGAGUGAAUGCCUCUGCUGUCGCGAGAUGGGGGACCCUGUUACUGCUGCGCAGCCUGUAGGUUCCAUCACACAGCACCCCGAGUUCCACACCGUCUGUCGAAAUAUCGCCGUGCUCCGUAUUGCGUACUUCGAGCUGCGGGCGCGCAAUGACUGCAUGGGCGAAGACAUCUACAAGUAA